CGGGGAUUAAAUCGAAGUGCCCAGGGAGGGUUUGGAGCCCCCAUCCCUGCAGGAGAGGCCGGACGGGGCGCUCAGGGCUCUGGGCCGGGCGCACGGUGGGGAUCGGGCUCGUGAUCCUGCAGGGCUUUUCCACCCUCAGCGAUCCUGGGAUUCUGUGCUUUAAAAAGAACCUCUGUCCUGAGCAUCUCCGACAUUAGCAAAACUUACUGAUUCUGCUGUACUUCCUUGGUGGACAAUGAAGGUUCUGCUGCUGAAGGAUCCCAAAGACAAAGAUUCGGGACAAGAUCCAUAUAUUAAAGAAUUAGGAUCAUACAGCUUGGAAGCAACAUUGAUCCCAGUUUUGUCUUUUGAAUUCACCUCUCUUGACAGCUUAUUUGAGAAGCUUUCCCAUCCAGAGUGCUAUGGAGGCCUAGUUUUUACCAGCCCAAGAGCAUUAGAAGCCAUCAAGAUAUGUUUAAAAGAGAAGAGUAAAAAAGAAGCCUGGUCAAAAUCUCUUAAACAAAUGUGGAAUAUCAAACCAACAUAUGUGGUAGGAAAAGCUACAGCUUCUUUAGUGGAAGAAAUUGGUCUUAUUCCACAAGGAGAAAAGGCUGGAAAUGCUGAGAAAUUAGCUGAAUAUAUUUGUUCAAGAGAGAAACCCAAUUCCUCAGCUCUCCUAUUUCCUUGUGGAGCCCUGAAAAGAGAAGUACUUCCUACAGUGCUUAGAGGAAAAGGCAUACCCCUGGAAAGCCUCACUGUUUAUCAAACAACCCAACACCCUGAUCUGCAGGAAGCUCUGAGCAGUUACUUCUCCCAGCAGGGGGUCCCUGCCAGCAUUGCCUUCUUCAGCCCAUCUGGUGUCAAAUUCUGCCUCCAGCACAUCCAGAAGCUUUCAGGGGAUUUGAUCAACCAAGUCAAGUUCGCUGCCAUCGGCCCCAGCACAGCAGAGGCCCUGCAGAGCGCCGGCGUCGCCGUGAGCUGCACUGCAGGGAGCCCCACGGUCGGCCCCAGCACAGCAGAGGCCCUGCAGAGCGCCGGCGUCGCCGUCAGCUGCACUGCAGGGAGCCCCACGGUCCAGGAGCUGGCUGCUGCCAUCCACACAGCCCUGCACCCACACAACUGCUCUUUCUGUUGA